AUGAGCACAGAAACACUGCAUGUCAUGCUGCGACUUCCUCUCGCGAGUGCGGGAUCCUUCCAUGUCGCCACGGGGCAUGCGCUCAUCUCCUUCGCUGAGGCCAGCUGGUGUCCGGAGAUGCGGAUUAGCUUCCGAGAGCCGGUCAUGGGAAGGGGCACCUUGAGCGUCGUGUUGGGUCUGGCAGCUGCCUCUCUGGCCGCUCCGUCACAGCCUCCCUACGGAUACUCUCCUCCUCCCUCUUACCAAUCUCCAGCUCAGUACAACUUCGACUGGGUCGUGAAGGACGAUUACUCCGCCAACGACUACGGCCACCAGGAGUCCCGCGACGGAUACAACACACAGGGAUCCUACUACGUGCAGCUUCCCGACGGUCGCCUGCAGAAGGUCACCUACCACGUGGACGGCGACUCAGGCUACGUGGCCGAGGUCACCUAUGAGGGACAGGCUCAAUACCAAGCCCACCAACCUUCCUAUCAUCCUACUCCUGCAUACCAGCCUACCCCUUCAUACCACACCACUCCUUCAUACCAUCCUACACCUUCGUACAGACCUACUUCAUCUUACAGACCGAGACCUCAUCACUGAAAUGCUAAUUUUUAAAUAGAACUCAUAUCCAUAUUUACUGUUUUGGUAACUGCUUAUCAUAUAAUAAAUAUGUACUGA